AUGGAAGCCAUGGGAGAAUGGAGUAACGGCUUAGUCGGAAUGUACACAGAAGAAGCCGACUUUAUGAAUCAGCUUCUUGCCUCUUAUGAUCAACCGUGUGGCGGUUCAUCAUCAGAGACAACCGCUACAGUCGCAGCUUACCACCGCCAAAAUACUCACUGGACUGGCGGCUUCUGCUUCUCCCAGGAGAGCAGUAGCUACAGCGCUGAGCACAGUGGUUACUACGCGGUGAUGCCACCACAAGAAGAAAACAACAAUGCGAUGGAGGAUGUGACGAUCAACACAAACUUGUACCUGGUGGGUGAGGAGACUAAUGAAUGUGACGUGUCAGAAUACUCCGGUAAGAGCCUUUUGCCUUUGGAGACUGUCGAAGAGUUCCACGACGAUAAUAUGCCUCAGCCAGAUGUCUCAUUGGUGACGACCGACGAUCAAAAACUGUUCACCACAUGCGAGAGUUCCAAGAAGAGGUCGCGUGCCACAUCAACUGACAAAAACCAGAAAGCCAGUAAGGCACGGAGGAGUCAGAAAAGAAUUGAGAUGAGUGACGAUAAUCAUAAUGGCGACGAAGAAGAACAGACGGAGAAGGCUGCUGGAAAGAGAAGGACCAAACCACUUAAGCAGCAGAAAACUUGUUGUUCGGAUGACGAAUUAAACGGUGGUGACGUUUCCUCCUGCAAAGAAGGUAGCGAAGACUCUAAGGCUCUCAACCUCAAUGGUAAGACUAGGGCUAGCCGUGGCGCUGCCACCGAUCCUCAAAGCCUCUAUGCAAGGGUCGAUAUUAGCACGAUGUUGGAGGAAGCAGUACAAUACGUCAAAUUUCUGCAGCUCCAAAUUAAGUUGUUGAGCUCUGAUGAUCUAUGGAUGUAUGCGCCCAUUGCUUACAACGGGAUGGACAUUGGCCUUGACAUGAAACUCAACUCACUCGUAUGA